CCAGCAGCUUGCAAGGAAGGCUUCGACUGAGAAUACGUUUACAUUUUGCAGCUCCAUUUUGUAUACCCAGUCCUCAAACGACCAAGCAACAAUGUCAGGCCUCCUCGCAAGCUCGCUGGUGGGCGCCGCCGCCAUCGACAACGAUCUGGACGCUUUGUUCGGCAGUAGCUUUUCAGCGCCUUCCAGCAGCACAACAACGCCCGAAAAGUCCUCCAAGAAGCGCAAGCAACAGGAAAGCGCACAAAGUGAAAGUGCAAAGAAGAAGAAAUCAAAGAAGAACGAGGAGGCUAAGCUCGAAGUGAAGCCCGAACCGACGAGGGAAACAAACGUGAAGAGCGAGACGAAGAAGGAUAAGAAAAAGAAGAGCACAAAAGCGCACGAAGAGGUAGCGGUCGAAGCUCCGAAGAAAUCCGUUGCGGAAUCAGCGGAAAGCAGCAAAGGGAUCAAAGUAAAGAAGGAGAAGGCGAAAAAGCAGAAGGAAUCUGUAACAGAGAAGGAGGAGGUCGCGGCGGUGAAGCCGGCGGCUGAAUCGAAGGCCGCGAAGAUGAAAAAGGAGGUGCCUGAGAAGGUGCAUGUCGAGGAGGAGGAGGAUAACGACGAGGAAGACAUUUCUGAGGGCGAUUCCGGAAAACUUCCUCAGGCCGAUUCCGAUGCUGAUUCGGAUGCUGGCUCCGGUGAGGACGAGGAGAAGAUUGAGGAGGGAUCCGGCUCGGAAGCCGUGGAGGCAGGCGACGACAAGGAAAAGUCGCCGGAAAAGAAGAGCCGACGGGAGGUGAAGAAGGAGAUUAAAGAGCAGAACGCGAGGACAAUCUUUGUUGGAAAUCUGUCCAUAAAGGCGACGGAGAAGGCCGGAACAAAAGAGUUGAAAGCCCUCUUCAGCAAACACGGCGCCCUCGACAGCAUCCGCUUCCGCUCAAUAGCCCGGUCCGACAAAAUGCCCCGCAAAGUCGCUUUCAUCACCAAAAACUUCCACCCAGGCCGCGACACCGUCAACUGCUACAUCGUGUACAAGGACCUCGAGUCCGUCGCCAAAGCACUCGCAGAGAACGGAACGAUGUUCAUGGGCACGCAUAUCCGGGUUGAUCGCGCGGAGCGACCCGAGGAUAAUAAGCAUGACCAUAAGCGGUCGGUGUUUGUGGGCGCGCUGCCGUUUGAUAUCAAAGAGGAGACGGUGUGGAACUAUUUCAGCCAGUGUGGGGAUGUGGAGGGUGUGCGCAUCGUUCGUGACAAAGGAACAAAUGUGGGCAAAGGUAUCGGAUACGUCCUCUUCAAGGACAGAGCAUCCGUCGGCCUGGCACACAAACUCCACGGAUCUGAACUCGCAGGCCGAAAGAUCCGUGUGAACAGGUGUAAGGAUGUGUCUCCGGAAGCACAGAAGAAGCGCUUAAGUAUGACCGAAGGCCAACGCGCAACCCGAAGCGACUCCACCGACAAAACCAAAAAUGGAGGCGUCUCCAAACUCCGGACGCGGUCUCGCCCUAGCAGCAACGGUAAACCGUUCGGAAGACCAUCGACAGCAGGCGGACCGAAGCGGGGUGGUGGUGGUGGUGGGCGUGGCGGGCGUGGCGGAUUCGCAAAGCGGGGUGGAAGAGGCGGCGCCGCUAGCCCGGGGGGGAAGAGGACUGCGAAGUCGGAUUGAGGUAGACUAGUUUUUUGGGAUAGAAUCUCAAGUUAUGUAGGUGCCGUUUCUGCACUUUUAUUUAAGUACAUUCACUACGAGGCUAUUGCGAGGACCAUGUUUUUUCUAUGUGAGUCGCCUUGGAACUUGUCUUCUUCUGUGUCACUCGGAGCACCCAUACAGCAACAGAACAGACAAAACGUGGGGGUGCAUAACGUAUGAGAGAUGAAAUCCACCUCAGUG